CAUCGACACGCCAUUUAAUCGUAGAGUUUAUUGGAAAUUGUCAAUGUGAACAGUUUUCCUAACAUUUUGCAAUAUUAUAGUGAAAUAAACGGGUGAAUAAUGCUUCCGCGCACAAAGGUUUUCGUGGGCAGUGUGCCCCAGGGUACCAAGCCAGAGGAUUUGCGUCGCUUGUUUGAGAAAUUCGGGGUCGUCACUGAGUGUGACAUCAUGAACAGGUGCGGCUUCGUGCACAUGCAAUCUCAGGAGAUGGCAGACAGUGCCAUUCAGGCGCUGAACAACACCACAUUCCGCGGCGCGACCAUAACUGUUGAGCGUGGGCGGAUGAAGGAGCGCGGCGCUGGGGGUGCGGGAGGAGCCAAGAAGGGGCCCGGCGGCGGAAUGAUGGGCCAGAGGAACAACAUGGGCGGCAUGCAGCGCGGUCCGCCGAUGGGCGCCCGCGGUCCGAUGGGCGGAAUGGGCCCUGGAGGCCCUAGAGGGCCCAUGGGAGGCCCUAUGCGGGGUCCUCCUGGUCCGGGAAUGAACAAGGGCGGCCCUGGUGGCGGUGGUGUCAGGAACAACAUGAGAGGGCCCAUGGGCGGCGGCGGCGCCAUGGGAGGCGGUCAGAACGGUCCAAUGCGGCGGGACAACAACCGUGGCAACAACAGGCCGAAUCCGUACCAGCGCGAUCGGCCAGACUUUGGCAUGCGCGGCAAGGGCGGCGGGAUGCGCAAUGGAAUGGAGCCCUUUCCGCCGUUCGACGACAUGCUGCCGCCUAUGGAGAUGGCGCGCGGCGGCAUGAUGGACAGAGGCAUGAUGGAUCGCGGCUCCAUGGGCGGCGCCGGUGGGCCGGAUCGCUUCAAUGACGACGGAUUCGGGUUCAGCAACGAGGAUCGCCGCGGAUUCGCCCUGCCCGAGCGUCAGAUGUACGAUCAGGACGGCCCGAUGUUCGACGACCGUCGCGAUGGGCCGCCGUUCGACGACAUGCGAAGAGGCCCGCCGCCGAUGCGCGGCCGGGGCGGCGGUGAGUUCGCCGGAGCCGGCGAUUUCCUGGGACGUCCAUCCGGAAUGGGCGGCGGCGAGAUGUUCACCCGACGCGGCCCUCAAAUGCGCGGCGGCGGAGGUCCGCGUGGCGGAGGAGGCGGGUUUGACAUGGGAGACGGCUACAACCAGGCUUUCCCGCCACUCGGAGGCGGAGGUGGCAUGAAUCGCAAUGGGCCGCCUCGUAGAUGGUAAAGAACAUUCGCCCUCACGUUUCCCCAGAAAAACAAACACGUUACGAGGGGAAUUUUUGUGAAAUUCUCCUCACGGCACGAUGGAAAAGAUAUCAGGAAUGAUUUUUACAAAGAAAUAGUUUUGCACAACCAUCAAAUAUUGGCAAUUGAUCAAGAAGUUAGAGAGAGAGAUUAGCUUUUCUUUAAAUCUUCCAAUUGUUCUUGCAGAAAAGAAGCUCUCAACUGUAGGACGAAACUUUUAUUUUGACAUUAUUUUGUAAUGCAGAACAGGAAGGAGGAGAAGAUUAGAUGAAUAUUUUAGGGACAUUUUUCACAAUUUUUUCUGUUAGUUUCAAUGAACGAAGAAAUAUCACGGAUAAGAAGCGGAUUGCUUGAAAGUAUCUCAGAGUUUUACUUAAGGAUAGCUUAGAGAAGGAAAAUGAUGUAUUAUAUGUCGUUCAAAGGAAUUUAUCAACUAAAUUAAAUGGAUAUAAUAAAAUAAUGGCAUUGUCGAUGGAAAAGGAUGCGAUUUUCGGAAGGCAACACAAGCGGAAAAUUGGUCAUGCGUCUGAGAAGUUGAUAAGAAGAGCGUUGGUUAGAGAGCGAUGCUGCGUCAAGAAUAAGAUCUACUCUUCAGUUUGCAGUGCCGAGAGACCAUUGAAGCAUCUCCAUCUGCAUAAAAGACUGUUCAAUUCACGGAUAAACACAUUUUAUGUGCCACUAAUCCAUAAUUUGAUUUUUAGCGAGAGUGUUUGAGAAUGAAAGACGUUCGUUCGCCAUCGGAAAAGUGCACUCACGAAAGCGUUUUGUUAAGAGAAUCGCAAAUAAUGCAAACGGAGAAGUGAAAGACAGGCGAUCGUUUGACAGAAUCAAGCUUGAUUGAUAAGGAGAGCGACUGGAGAGACUCAAUUUUAAGUGCAUUUAGUGAUUUCACGGGAUUUUACGUCGUUUAACCCUUUCACGAUGAUGCGUAAAGUGAUUUCUAGUUUCUAUUUCUUGAAGAUUCUUCAUGGUUAAGCCGGAGAAAUUCUUCUUUCUUGUGUCUGUCUAAGCAUUUCUAGUCUAUAAUUCAGUCGUUGUGGAAGGGUUAACGUUGAUGCGGAACAGAAGCUUGAAUUUGACGAAAUUGUGUGAAAAAGGGUGAAAGCGGGAUUAUUGCGAUGUCUUAAAUGCGUCAGAGAGGAGAAAAGAUGAAAGAGAAAAUGCGGCCCAAAUGCGACUAUCAUCGAUAUUUAGCAACGUUUUGCCCCAAACUGAAAACAUUGAGUUUUCUCGAUGCUUUUGUGGUACGUAUGAAAAAAAAAAUAAAAUCACCAAACAUGAACAAAAAACAAUCAUUUAAGAAAGAAUUAAUAGCGAAUGGAAGCGAGAAGUGCAAUGAAGCGAAAGGGAAAAUCGUUCUUAUCUUAAAUCUUUAUUCUAGACAUUCUAGACUAGAUGUUUCUUGAACUCUCGACGUCUUAAAUUUUUAUCUAUCUUUAAUUGCGGAAUAUUUUCUUGCGGCAAUUUUCAUAGACAUUUUAGUAGAUUCUUUUUAAUAUACGGUUUAACUGAUGAUUCUAGUUACUUUCUUCCGGAGGUUUGUUGUCACUUCGCUAAUGGGGAUUUUUGUGUUUUUGCAGGUUUCCCAUCAAAGCCUUUGACUGAUUUGACACCCAAAAGACAUGAUGCAAAAGACUGGAAAAGAAACUGUCUGUGAUUUCUCAGUACAAAUCGAUAGAAAUACAUUUUUCUUUUGAAUCUUACGUAAA